AUGGAAAUUAAUAAAAAUUAUUUUUUAUUGUUAUUAAUACUAUUAAACAUUUCUAAUUUUGUUUUAGGUGGUUCAAUUAAUCUUUCUUUAAGAUCACAAGGACAUAGCUCAAUAAGAACUUCUUGGAUUAUUAUUGGUGAGAGAACAUAUUUAUUGAAUGGUCGUGGAAUAAAUGCAUUUGCAUUUGAUCCAUCAAAUCCAAGUGUUGUAAAAAUGUUAAAAUCCGAUACAUAUAUGGAAGAGCCACCUUUUGUUAAAGACGUUUCAGUUGGUUUUACCAGCUUCGUCGGAGAGAUUAAACCACGUAAAAACUGGGUAAUUGCAAUUGUUUCUUUAGAUGAUUCAUAUCUAAAUAUGAGUGAAGAUGUUCGUCAAUGGUUUAGAGGAUAUGGUAUCUCUUUAUCAUAUAGAGGUUCUUAUGCAUUAGUUUUACAAUCAAAUGGCUUGGCUCUUAAUAAAAUUGCAGGAAGUUCCUCAACUAUUGAAGGAUCAAGUUCUGUUUUAGAGUCUGUUAUUGUUUCAUAUUAA